AAAUCUAGUAGAGAUUUUUGUGUUCAUCGAUUUAUUACUUAAGUGUGAGACUCUAUUAGUUUAUGUUACAUGAUUUGUUUUAUAACGUGUUUACAGUUCUAUCGUAUUAGAUGGCGUUUCCUCAGCCUAAUGCACAAAGAGAGUUAACUAACAGAAAGAUACUAGAAGAACUUCAGCUUAAAAAGCAGAUGCUGUUGAAGCAGGGAGCUGUGGCGCCUCUCACUGCCACCACUAUCUCCCUGACUCAACCCAAUCCUGUAAGCCAACUGCCUAUGUGCUCUAUUCCUCCACUAUCCGCUACUGCUGGUUUCCCACAGUUACCCGAAGCCAAUAUUGUCAAUACAAGUCAUCGAGCUGCUUUGCAACACGCUAACGCAACAUCUUGUGGUUUCUUUGUUUCUCAAGACUCCUCAUUUGGUAAUCAGAUACUACCAGUUUUACCGAGAUUUGACAACAAGUGA